AUGAGACUGGAACGAUUGAGCACAACGUUUAAACUCCGCCUGAAGCCCUGCCGAAGGGGCCCAGAGUCUACCAUUUAUCCCAAGCAUUGGGGCGUAGACGACAGUUGGGCCACCCAACCACAUACAGACUUGUCGUAUCCCUUACCAGACAAUGAUACCACCAAAAAGUUUAGUGUUUCCUCUGGUAUCACUGGAAGAAUAAUGGAGUUGAGAGACCACCAUGUACAUCUGCUGGAGUUCCUCCUUUCUAACGGAACUCGUAUCGGCAAUAUAAAGGACCUAGAAGUACUUGAGCGGAUCUCGGUCCGUUACUCCCCACUCAGAUACUCAACAGCGGGCCAAGCCACGAGUGUCUUCGAAGCAGCACUCAUCAAGGCCGUUCAGCUUGCCCCGCCUUCUUUGACGCUAUCCACCCGUAUCUUUAACACUGGUUCUUCAUCAGCGACACAGUCUAUGGAAGAGGUUUCCGGCCUUUCGAAUCCAACAGAGAACGGUACUCCCGAACAGAUUGUGAUGAAGAAGGGUUCUUUGACGUCGCCAAUGUUAUUAUCGUUGCGCGGGGUCAAGAUGGAAAAUGGACGAUCGGACCUGGAUGCAAUGUUCAAAGAAGAGGUUAGCGUGGCCUCGGGGAGCGAGGACGUUCCUGAAAUGGCCGGUCUUGGUGUAAGUCUAUGUCUGGGUACAAGUCUUGGUACAGGUGGCGAUGCUCUGACGGAGUUUGAAGACGCCGGCACUCCUACGAGCAUGGCUGACUCAUCACCUACCCGCGGGCCAGGUGAAAUUGACGCGGCACUGUAACAAAUUCCUACGUACAGAUCAUGUUUACACAACUUCAUAUCGCAUUCCAAACACUUUGAAUCAUCGUUAAUGAUCAACAUAUGAGUGUCUGCCUGCGUACAGCCUCUAUAGUGCUGUAUUCACCUCUCACCAAAUUUACAGUGCUUGUCCUCUGCGUUCAUACUACUAGUAUGCAUCUUGCGCGUCAGUCCUAUAUUGU